GCGAUAUUGAGAGAGGAGGAGGGCUUUAAAUACACUCCUGUUGGCUUUGGCAUCUCAACCUUCACAUAGGUGACGUCUGCUCUGCUGAGUGAAUCAUUUCUCAAACAAGAAUUAGUACAGAUACCUGCAAAAUGAAUGGGACACACACAUAUGAGUCUAAUUAUAUUGAAGAAAGUACUAAAGACAACAGGAUCUCUUUGAUCUUUUCCCUCAAGGAAGAGGUUGGAGCACUGGCCAGGGUGCUGCGCAUAUUUGAGGAGAGAGGUGUUAGUCUGAUCCACAUAGAGUCCAGACCUUCCCGGCUCAACAAAGAUGAGUACCAGUUCUUCAUUGACUUGGACAAUAAGAGCACUCCAGCUCUGGAUGAAAUUGUAAAAUGUCUGAGGUUAAACAUUGGGGCUACUGUGCAUGAACUGUCCCGAGACAAGAAAAAAGAUGCUGGUCCCAGUUCUGCUUUUUUGCUUCAUGACAGCUUGUCCUCCACAGCAUCUGUGCUGAAUGGGAAACAUGUGAUUGCUGUCCCAUGGUUUCCAAAAACCAUUCAAGACCUUGACAAGUUUGCAAAUCAGAUCUUGAGCUAUGGAGCGGAACUUGAUGCAGAUCAUCCUGGGUUCACCGAUCCUGUUUAUCGUGCCAGACGUAAAGAGUUUGCCGACAUUGCAUUUAAUUACAAACAUGGUCAACCUAUUCCAUGGGUUACUUACACUGAGGAGGAGAAAAAGACUUGGGGCACAGUGUUCAAAGAGCUGAAAUUGCUGUAUCCCACACAUGCUUGCUAUGAACAUAACCAUAUUUUUCCUCUGCUAGAAAAAUAUUGUGAAUAUAAUGAAAAUAAUAUUCCUCAGCUGGAAGAUGUCUCCAAUUUUCUUCAAACUUGUACUGGUUUUCGUUUACGUCCUGUUGCUGGUUUGCUGUCAUCAAGAGAUUUUCUGGCUGGCUUGGCAUUCAGAGUUUUUCACUCAACUCAAUAUAUUCGCCAUUGGUCAAAACCGAUGUAUACACCUGAGCCUGAUAUUUGCCAUGAGCUUCUAGGACAUGCACCCCUCUUUGCAGAUCCAAGUUUUGCCCAAUUUUCACAAGAGAUCGGAUUGGCAUCACUUGGGGCACCAGAUGAAUACAUUGAAAAGUUGGCUACGUUGUACUGGUUUACUGUUGAAUUUGGACUUUGCAAACAAGAUGAUAAAAUAAAGGCUUACGGAGCUGGGCUGCUAUCAUCAUUUGGAGAAUUACAGUAUUGUUUGACAGACAAACCAGAUCUGAAGCCAUUUGACCCGGAGAAGAUUUCUCUGCAGACAUACCCAAUAACUGAGUUCCAGCCUGUUUAUUUUAUUGCUGAAAGUUUUGAAGAUGCAAAGGAAAAAUUGAGGAAAUUUGCUACCACAAUUCCUCGUCCUUUCUCUGUGCGUUAUAAUCCAUACACACAAAGCAUUGAAGUUUUAGAUAAUGUACAGCAGUUGAAAAAUCUUGCUGACUGCAUUAACAGUGAAAUCGGGAUCCUUUGCUGUGCUCUUCGGAAGCUCGAGUGAAGUUAUUCUCCACCUGCACUUACAAGGAAUGAAAUCGUCUGAAGACGUUACACGGAAGAGAUUACCAUAAAGAAAAGUAUUAUUGAUAUGACAUUGGGGUUACAGAUAUCAUAUAACAACAAAAUAUCACAAUGUUUAUAUA